AAUUUAUAAAUAAAGAUCAGAUUAUCAGAUAUCAAUUUGAUGUAAACAAUCAAUAAUAUUUACUACUAGUCUUAUAAUAAACUUAAAAAAAAAAAAAAUGCCAAACCAAAGAACUACAAACGUCCAACCACCUGUGGUAGGUUCCGAAUCUCGUUUCAUUCGUGGUCGUGGAAGAGGAUCAUGGCACAAACGACGACCUUAUUAUUUUCGCACUGGCACAGGCAACAAUCCUGCCGGCAAACGUUCCAAAUCAAAUAUACCAAGUGUUUUCCCUCAAGUAACUCCAACAAUAUCAGGAAUCUCAGAUUCCUUACAAAGAAAUGAAUUUUUCACUGCUCCCGUUUACACUGAUGAUCAAAAGCUACAAAUUAUAUCGAUCAUUAAUCCACCUGAAUAUUCAGGUUGGCGAUUAUAUUUUCCUACUGAAACUUUUUUACUAUCAUCUCCUGAAGCUUGUCAUAUCAAAGCUUUUGAAAAACAUAUUCAAAAAUAUCCUGGCGACUAUGAUCUCUCCAAAAUACAACAACAACAAUGGUUUUAUGUUUCCUCUGCUGUUCUUUUAGGAGAUGAUGAUUUUUGUUCAAUUUGGAAUACUUUUUCCAAAGAUUUAACCGAAACUCCUUACAAAGUAUUAUCUUGUUUAGGAUUAGCAAUGCAUUCUAUUGUUUCAAUUGCUUUUCAAAACUCCACAGCUAACGAUAGUUUGGUUAGCUACAAAAUAAGAAAAUAUGGUAUUCCAAAAAUAAAUGCUAGACCUAUUGGAUUCUUGAGUGUUUCAAGCAUUCGUAAUAUAUCUGAAUAUCUUGAUAAAAUGUGCGUUGUACAUGGCAGCGUUAAGUCCAUUCAAAUUGAAGAAAUAAAAUCUGCUUGGGUGUCCUUUAAAUGUCCACAAUGUGGCCAUGAGCAAGCCAUUCGACAAACAAGCUAUCCCACCAAGCCUUUGCGUUGUCGUAUUCAAUGUAAUUGUAAGAGAAACUUUAUAGAAUUACGAUCAUCGCAUAAUACAAAAAUUGAAUGUGUUCAAAUGGCAACCCUACAAGAAAUAGGAUUGCAAUUUUUAAAUACACAGCCACUUCUAAUAGAAGUAGAAUUCCGGGAAGAUUUGGUAGAUCAAAUUUACCCAGGUUUAGAAAUAACAGUUAUGGGAAUUUUAAAAAUGAAAUCUUUAACUCAAAAUGUAGAUUAUCAAAAAACUACAUCGAAUCAAAAUUAUUACUUGGAAGCUAUUUCAUUGACAAACAUUUGGCAAAUGCCUCCGAAUCAGAAAGAUAAUGAAAUUAUUCAAAUGAUAACAAUGGAACAAAAUUGCCUUCGAUUGUUAGUACAAUCAUUGGCACCGGAAAUGUGUGGUUAUGAAAUGGUUAAAUUGGCAGUAUUAUUGUCAUUAUUUGGUGGAUAUGGAUCACAAUUACAUGAUGAAGGUGAACUUAAUGUGUUGCUUAUUGGUGAUCCGGGUUUGAAUAAGUCUAAUUUACUUAAGAAAGCUGUUGGGGUUUCGGGACGAGGAAGCCUUGUUUCGGUUAAAGCUCCAUCAAUUUUUAUGCCAACUGCCCAAAAUAAUAGCAACUUUAUUGAUGUCGGAUCGAUAUUGACGUCUAAUUCAGGUCAUUGUUGUAUUGAUGACAUGGAAAAACUAUCGGAAAAUCAAGAGAAUCUCAUACAUAUCCUUCAAACAAAAUCCAUAGCUUCACGAAGUUGUAAUUUAAUAUUCAAUAUAAUUGCAAAAUCUGCAAUCAUUGCAGCAGUUAAUCCAGCGGGUGGUCAUUAUGAAUCCUCGAAAUUGCUACGAGAAAAUUUACGCUUAAAUCCCUCUUUUAUAUCACUUUUUCAUUUAGUUUUUGUCAUUUAUGAUAAAGCUGAUAAAGAUCGAGAUACUACACUAACAGAACACGUAAAAGCCUUGCACUCAGGAAUGAAACAGAUUUUAUCAAUUCCACCCAAGUAUUCUGAGGAAAUGAAAUCUAUGGAUUAUGCUCCAUUAACUGAAGAAAUAGACCUAGAUGAACACUUAAAAAUUAAAUCUGAUGAACAACUUGACUUACUACCCGCAGUUUUGCUGAAAAAAUAUAUUGAUUAUGCUCGACAUAAUAUUAAGCCAUUACUUUCCGAGGAGGCUGCAAGUGAAAUCAAAGGACAUUAUAUAAGACUAAGAAAUGAGAAAAAUGAAGAAGAGCGCUUUUCAAUCACGACAAGACAACUUGAAGGACUUAUUUUACUUUCUCAAGCAAGAGCUAGAAUGGCACUUUCUUUUAAAGCAACUAAACAACAUGCUCUUGAUGUUAUUAAGGUCACUAGCCACAGCUACACAUCGAUUGAAAACCAACUGAAUGUAUCUCUGAACGAAAGUGUUGCUGGUACAAGUCAAGGGAAUCAAAUUAAGAAAUUCAUUAAAUUACUUGAGGUCCGUUCAAACGCACUAGGAAAGACAACUUUUGAAUUUGAAGAGCUAAAGGAUAUGGCUACACAUGCUGGCAUUAAAUGUGGUGUUGCAAAUCUCAUAGAUGUUAUUAAUAUGCGAGGAUAUUUACUGAAAAAAGGUUACAAUUUGUAUGAAUUUAGAUGUCAAUAAAUAUUCUUCAAAAAAAUUU